AAGGCAAACUUGUAGGUAGACAUAAGACAAUCUGAAAAAAAGUCACUUGUCAUAAAGAGAAUUAAUGCUGUUGUCUGAGCUUGGAACGUUAUGAUGAUUUGACGCUAUAACAUAUACCUUUAAUAACUUAUGAACCAUAUUUCAUGGACAACGUUUUGCAGUAAGUUUUAGCAUGAUAAUAUUUAUAGCCUCGGUCAACCGGGCCAAGGAAAGAACAGUUGUUAACAUCCGAUUGCUUACAUGUUUCUGAAAGUUGAGGUGCAGGUUGUUUUGAGGUCAUGUUAUUAAAGCUUAUUCUUCAUGAUGGAAAGUUAUUGCUACAAAAACGUCUACUACAAUAUCCUGCAAAUUUGCACAGAAAACAACAGCAUCAUUUAUUGACUGGUUCAUGGAAUAGAGCAGCUGAACAGACCAGCUUUAGGAAAUGGCAUUCCUUUUUAUACAAUCCCAAUAGUUGUUUAUUGGAUCUAGUCAAGCCAUGCAUCUCUUGUUGUGAAAGACACAUAUCUAGUUCUAGCAAAAAGGGGGAUGAUGCUGUUUUUCGUCAAGCAGAAUGUGAAUUGAUGAGUAGAUUAGACUGGCAAUUUAUGGCCAAGAGAUUACAGCAUGAUGGAAAAGCAAAGACACCAAAGGAUGAGGGGGUUUAUCUAUUUAAAAGAGAGCCUAUCUAUGAAAAAAUGGAGAAUACUAUCAUCUAUGAAGAGGAUCUGUACAGAGAAUAUGGAUUGACACAAAAAGAUGUUGAAAACUUACCUAGAGAGAAGAUGAGGAGUGGAUGGUCCUUAAAUCAAACAGAGGACAUCAAAUAUGGCUAUCGAAAACAUCUUGUGCACUCUGCUGCAUUACAAAAAUGGGGUUCAGAAGAGGCCAUCAAAUUACGAAGACUGAUCAUAAAAAUAGAAAUGGAUAAAAAAGAGGAGUUUGAAAAUGAACAAAAGAACUAUGAUAUAUUUUCUUUUGGAUUCAAAGACAGACAAGGAAGAGUCAUUUCCAUAGCUCUUGUUGUGAAUUUCACUGUGUGCAUGAUGAAGAUGGUAGUCUAUGCUGUUUCCAUGUCUCCCAGCAUGCUCGCUGAGUUUCUUCACUCAAUGCUGGACACUGCUAACCAGGGAAUGAUUUACUGGGGCCUGUAUGUUUCAAAGAAAGCACCAGAUAAGCAUCACCCGUAUGGCUAUGCCAGCUUUCAGAAUAUUACUUCCCUUUGUAGUGGAUUCUCUUUCUUUGUCUUUGGAUUUCUUCUCUCUUCUAUUAUGAAUUUUUAUUUUUUCUUUGGAGCUGAAACAACACUAUCACUUAGUCAUCUAGGAGUAAUGUAUAUAACUUUUCUAAUGGAAGGAGCUUCCUUGUAUUUUGCUACCAGAGAACUCAAGAGAAAAGCUAAGGAAAGGAAUAUGAAACUGUUUCCAUAUAUAAGGAGAGGGUUUGACCCUAACGUUGUGGUUGUGUUUAUGGAGGAUAUGGCAGCGGUGACUGGGGUCCUUAUUGCCUCCGCGGGGAUGACCCUGUCACACCUCUAUGCCCAGCCAUUCUGGGACACGGCAGCUUCAGGCUGUGUAGCAGGUCUGAUGGGAAUUGUAGCUGCCUACCUUAUCAAAUCCAAUAUUCCAUCUCUGGUUGGAAAGUCAAUUCCAGAGGAGGAAAGAAAAGAUAUGGCUGACUUUUUGCAGAGAGAUAGAAUCGUCAAGUAUGUGUCUGAUGUUAAAGCUGUUGAGAUUGGGCAUGAAGUGCGCUUUAAGGCUGAGGUAGCUUUUGAUGGAAAGGAACUGGCCCAGCUUUUAUUUGAAUCCAAGGAGGGCAUGGACAUUUUAAAGGGUUUCCAGAAUGUUAAAAAGGAGCCAGAAGCUAUUGAGUAUAUGAAAAAAUUUGCAGAUGAACUUCAAAAUAUACAAGGCAGAGAAGUGGAUCGGAUAGAGAGACAAAUGAGGGCUGAAUUUGAAGCAAAAUACCACAUAAGACUAAGACAUGUAGAUUUGGAGCCCCUUUGAUUAAAGAAACUGGGAUAUAGAAAAGUCUCAACAUGUUACAACAUCUAGUCAAUGAAGAAAAAAGUGAAGAUUGCAUGACAUCAAUUCCAAUGGUUUACCAGAUUCCAAAUGAAACUUAACCAGGAUAUGUACCAAGGAUCCCAAAUUCCCUCAAGACGGUGCCAUUUAUGAGAUAUUCCAGUUUUGUGAUCCUUUUUGUACUAUGCAUCUCUUCAUUUAGACCUUUUUAUUUUGCUAUGUUUUUGUUCGAUUGGUACUAUUUACAUUUGACAGGACUUUAGAUGUCAGGAGAGUUGUGACAGCAGAUUCUUUUUAUGCAGAUGUACAAGAGUUUUUUUUAGCUCACCUGAGCCGAAGGCUUAAGUUUGCUUUUCUGAUCGAGAUUUGUCCGUUGUCUGUCAUUGUCAGUUUUCAGGUUUUCAUUUUCUUCUCUAGAACCACAGGGCCAAUUUCAAUUAAACUUGCCACAAAGCAUCACUUGGUGAUGGGAAUUCAAGUUUGUUCAAAUGAAGGACCAUGCCCUCUUUAUAGGGGAGAUAAUUUAGAAUAAAAAUUUGUUGGUAUUUUUCAAAAAUCUUUCUCUCAAAAACAAUAUGGCCGGGAAAGCUGGAACUUGUGUGAAAACAUCCUCAGGUAGUGGAGUUUCAAGUUUGUUGAAAUCAUGGUCCUCAUGAAUAGGGUGGGGUCACAUGGGGGGAUCAACUUUAAAUUAGAAUCCAUAGAGAAAAUCUCUAAAAAUCUUAUUCUAAAAAACCAUUAGACCAGAAAUGCUGUAACUUGUGUGGAAGCAUCCUCAUGUAGUGUAGAUUCAAUUUUGUUCAAAUCAUGAUCCUGGUGGAUAGGUUGGGGCCACAGUGGAUGGAUCAAGUUUUACAUACGAAUACAUACAGAAAAUCUUUGAAAAUCUUCUCAAAACCCAUUUGGCCAGAAAAGCUCAAACUUAUAUGGAGGCAUCCUCAGAUAGUGUAGAUGCAGGUUUGUUCAAAUUAUGAUCCCCAGGGGUAGGAUGUGACCACAAUUGAGGAGGGUGUUAAAUUUUUACGUAUGAGGAUUUAAAGAAAAAUCUUCCAGAAAAGGAUGUAGCCAAAAAAGCUCAAUCUUAGGUAGAAGCACAGGUUGUGAAGAUUAAAAUUUGAUCAAACCAUGAUUCCCAGGAGAAAAGUGGGGCCACAAGGGGAGAUUUGAGAAAUAUUCUCAUGAAUACUGAAGCAACAUAAGGGGGAUUGGUAUUUACCAUAAAUAUAUACAUAUGUGGAUAAAAAGCGGCAGAUUUUGUAACUUUUUGUGUACUUGGUUGUCAAGAUAUUUUAAUUUUGAAACAGUAAUGCUGAUUUGAUUAGCAUUGUUGCUCAUGUGAGCGAUGUGGCCCCUGUGCCUCUUGUUAAUUUAUAGCUCCAAGUAUUUGGUUUGUGACACAUUAACAUGUACAUUAUGUUUUACUGACAUGCAGAGUGGCAGAUUCAUUGCAUUAAAUUAAAAAAAGAAGCAAUCUU